AUGAACGGCGAGAAGCUUGAAGAGGUGACCAGCUUCACUAACGUAGGAGCAACCCUGACCAAGGAUGGCACCAUGUACCAGGCAUUUGUUGACGAAUAUAAGGACGAAGUCAUAUCAUGUCCAACAUCACAAGUCGAAUGGCGCAUUAUUGCGGAAGAGUUUAAGACAACGUGGAAUGUGCCACUCGCCUGUGGAGCAAUUGAUGGCAAAGAUGUGGCUAUCAUAUGCCCACAUAACACUGGAUCAUUGUUUCACAAUUACAAAGGCUUCUUUUCGGUGGUUCUUCUGGCUUUGGUGGACGCCGAUUAUAAGAUUGUGUGGACAGAUAUUGGUGGAUACGGGUCUAUGUCUGACGCUCGGAUAUACAACGAGUCCGAAAUGAAGGAGUGUUUGAAAAAUGCAACAAUCGGAAUCCCAGAUCAAGACCAAAUACCCAAUGAUGAUCAGGACAUGCCAUAUUUUAUCUUGGGUGAUGGCGCUUUUGGACUACGAACCCACCUGAUGAAACCAAAUUCCCACCGAGGACUUUCGAAGCAGGUGUUGAUAACAUACUAUAGAAUUUCAAGAGGGAGACGUGUAGUAGAGAACGCUUUUGGUAUACUGGCACAGAGAUGGCAGAUAGUGUUGACCACAAUGAUGCAAGGACCUGACACAGUGAAAACUGUACUCGAGGCUUGCAUAUGCCUUAAUAAUCUAAUGAGAACUUGA